UCUAACUGAGCCACACACACUUGAAGCUAGCUAUGUUUAAAUACAAGAAAUGCAGAAAGCCAAAUAAUGAGGAGGCACGAAUCAGGUGCUGGAAGUGUAGUGGAGAGUUUCAUGUGCCCUCAACCACAAUCACUUACCGUUGCCCUCUGUGCAAAACCAUCAAUAAUGCUAGUCAAGGAAAUGGCCACUCAAAUAAGAACUUCGUCAUCAAAUCUGAUGAUAUGUUACAGAAUGCAAGCAAAAGUGCAUGUGUUCUGAAUCAAAGGCCUUCCUCAUUUUCUUCAGUACGUUCUGAGUCAAAGCGCGCGCUUCUAUGUGGAGUUAUUUACAGGAAAAAGAGGUACAGACUCAAAGGAUCCAUUAAUGAUGUUGCCAACAUGAGGGAGCUUCUAGUGAAGGUUUUUGACUUUCCUGCUGAAUGCAUACAUGAGCUUAUAGAAGAGAAGAGUUCAGAUUUAGUUCCAACAAAGAAAAACAUUCUAGAACAAAUGAAGUGGCUUGUUGAAGGCAGCCAGGCAGGAGACUCUCUGGUGUUUUACUUCUCAGGACAUGGCAUUCAACACACAGAUUCCAAGCAAGAUGAGAUUGAUGGGAUGGAUGAAAGCAUUUGUCCUGUCGAUUUCAUGCAAGAAGGAGCAAUUCUUGACAAUGACAUAAACUCAAUCCUUGUUUGGCCUCUCAAACAAGGUGUCACCCUUCAUGUCAUUGUUGAUGCUUGUCACAGUGGAACAGCUCUUGAUCUAUCCUAUGUCUAUGAUCCUGAAAAAUGCACAUGGAAAGAUAACAAGCCUCCUGCAAAAGAACCUUCUAGAAAGCAUCCGAGUGGUGGAAAGGCAAUUUGUAUUAGUGCCUGUGAAGAUCAUCAGAUGGCUGCUGAUACCUCUGCUUUUCGUGGGAAGGGAAUGAAUGGUGUUAUGACCUAUCUUUUCACAAAAAUCAUGAGAAAAUAUCCUGAUAUAACAUAUGGGGGUAUACUGGAACAGAUGGGGAAGGAAAUUGAAGACACUGUCCGAAACAAUAGCUGUCGUCCAUCUUUUUUGCAACAUAUGUUUCCUCUCAAAGUUGCACAGGAUCUUGUUAUAUCUUCAUCCGAAAAGUUUGAUGUUUCUCGGACUGUAUUCAAAUUAUGAGCAUAAAAUGAUGGAAGGGAAAAUCUCAUCAUCUUACUGCUACUUGGCCAAGGACAAAUAAAGAGAGAUUUCUUGUAUUGAAUAAUAGAUAUUUUUUAUUAUUUUUUUUAUAUGGUCAUCUGAUUGUGUUAGAUUCGAACAUUACUGGAUUCAAUAAAGGACAAGUUUCCAAAA